AUGUCGGUUAGCACAUAGCUAGUCAGCUAAUUGCAGGAGGCUAGUAUUUUUCCCUCACAAAAUUGGGUCAACGGGCUAUUAAAUGUGCUACGAAUAGCACAAUAUUUACCGUAUUGUCAACCAUCCUUUACAAUUAUUUUCUGCCCUUACAUACGGAGUGUUGUGACGGAACAAUAUCCUUAAAAGUGAUAUUUAAAACGUUACCGGCUCUAUCAGCAAACUAGCUGUGAGGCAUCUGUCGAGACGGCUCCACCUUACGAACAAACGUGACAGUCGACAAAAUAGGUAACAUUACUUCCAGCAUUGGCAUGGCUCCCACUAUUUUAAUGCUGCAUUCAGAAACCUUGGAAGUUCAGAGACUCCGACCUCUUGCUUGGGGGAAAAUGCCUUGAACGCUACAUUGGUCAAGAAUUUUUGCUCUGAAACUCGUGAGGAAAUCGAGGAACCAGAAGUACCCAAGUUAACAUCACAGCCAAGGUGGCCCCCUUUGCAACUGGAGUCAAGGUGUGAUAAAGGGCCUAUGAGGAAGCCAAGACGAAAAGCACAAGUGGCUGGAGGAGGUGGAGCAGAUGGCAGGAGGUCUGAGGGAAUGGUCAGUGGGUGUGGGGCUGCCCGUCAGCGAUCCCCUUCCCCUUAUAGCCUCAAAGCAUCUCCAAGCAGAGACACCCUGACUUAUGCUCAGGCUCAGAAGGUGGUUGAGGUGGAGCUUGAUGGUAGGCUUCACCGCAUUUCUAUUCUGGAGCCAUUGGCUGUAAUUACUGAGGAUGAGUUGAUGGCUCAGGACAUUAGUGAAUGUAACAGCAACAAGGAGAAUAGUGAGCAGUCAUCCCCAUCAUCUGUCAGUGUCCAACCAGGCCGUAAACCUGUCACAUCCAGAAGUCGCAGGAAAGAGUCAAAAUCUUUUUCUCUAACGUCCUCACCAUCUACCAACAACAACUCCACUGCAUCUACAAACAGCAGCUCAAAUGCACACAUCCAAAAACCAAAGUCACCACACCACGUGAACCUCCCUGAACCUAAGUUUCGUGCAUUAGAAACAUUCACACCAUUUGAGGCAACUCCUCUGCCAACAGCGUAUUACCGUUACAUCGAACGUUCAGCUGAGGAGCAGGAAAAUGAGGCAGAAUACGACAUGGAUGAAGAGGAUACUGCUUGGCUGGAUAUGGUCAAUGCUAGCCAGGCGUCAGAGGGUUACUCUGUUGUCACACCAGACAAUUUUGAGCUACUGGUGGACCGGCUGGAGAAGGAAGCAUACCAGGAAGCCCACAGCCGGGCUCCUUCACAUGGUACUAUUGACGAUGAUGCCUUCUGCUGUGUGUGCCUGGAUGAUGAGUGUCUCAAUAGCAACGUCAUCCUUUUCUGUGACUCCUGUAACCUGGCUGUGCACCAGGAGUGUUAUGGAGUACCAUACGUACCUGAGGGCCAGUGGCUGUGCCGCUGCUGCCUCCAGUCUCCUCAGAAACCCGUCGACUGUGUUCUGUGUCCAAACCGUGGUGGUGCAUUCAAGCAAACCGGUGAUGGGCGGUGGGUACAUGUGGUCUGUGCCAUCUGGAUCCCUGAGGUCUGCUUUGCUAACACAGUCUUUCUGGAACCAGUGGAAGGGGUUGGUAACAUUCCACCCGCACGCUGGAAACUUACCUGCUACUUGUGCAAGCAGAAAGGCCGUGGUGCAUCGAUUCAGUGCCACAAAGCCAACUGUUACACAGCGUUUCAUGUGACGUGUGCUCAGCGUGCUGGCCUUUUCAUGAGGAUUGACCCUGUACGAGAGACAAACAUCAAUGGGAUGACAUUCUCUGUGAAGAAGACUGCAUUCUGUGAAACUCAUUCACCACCAGGGCAAGAGUCCAUCUCUGAUGAGGAAAGUGAAGGAAGAGUGGUGGGCAGCAGAGGCAGGGCUAGUAGAGGACGCAGUGCCUACUUUGAGGGCCCAACAAUACCCAAAAAAAGUAAAAAAUCUGAUGAUAAUGUUAAGACAGAAAAAAGGAAAGGGAAGAAGACCCCAGGGUCAACUGCACAUUGCACUGCUUCACCACUUCUGACAGUGCCCCGAAUACCAACAGACAGACUGAAUGCAAUCUGCAUCGGAAUCCUCUUACAGAAGAAAAGUCACUUUAUGCAAAGACUGCACAGCUACUGGUUACUGAAGCGUCACUCAAGAAAUGGUGUGCCGCUGGUCCGGCGUUUGCACUCUUAUGUCCAGCCCCAAAGGAAUGUGGAACAGGUCAGGCCUGAGGUGGAUGAGAAGGUUUCUGCAGCAAGAGAAGCACUGAGGUAUUGGCAGAAACUUCGGCAUGACUUGGAGAAAGCCAGGCUGCUGGUGGAGCUCAUACGCAAAAGGGAGAAACUCAAACGAGAACAGGUCAAAGUUCACCAGGCAGCUUUGGAGAUGCAGUUGACUCCAAUGAUGGUGUUGCUCCGCUGUACAUUGGACCAGCUACAGGAGAAAGACAUGGCCCAGAUCUUUGCACAGUCAGUCAAUAUCACAGAGGUCCCUGAUUAUUUAGAGUUUGUUAGGCAUCCCAUGGACUUUUCUACGAUGCGCAAAAAGCUGGAGAAUUAUGAUUACCACUCUGUGGCUGACCUAGAGGCCGACUUCAACUUGAUGAUGUCCAACUGCCUUCUCUACAACAACAAGGACACAGUUUUCCACCAGGCAGCACUGCGACUUCGAGAUCUCGGAGGAGCCAUACUUCGCCAUGCUCAGCGGCAAGCUACCAACACUGGUCUAGACAUUGAGACUGGCAUGCACCUUCCAGAAUCUCCACAGACACAAGACUUUUAUAACUGCACAUGGGAGGAUGUUGACAGUAUCCUGGAUCCAGAUAACCGGCUUCAUAUGACCGUGGAGGAACAGCUGAAGGAGCUGCUUGACAAGCUGGAUUUUGUCAACUCCAUGCGAUACAGUGGGGCCCGAACCCGUCGCAUACGUCUGCUUCGGCGCGAGAUCAACAACGUUCGCCAUCGACAAGGCCAGAACCCCCACCACAUUCUUCAUAAUGGCCAUCUGAAAGAAGACGAAGAGCAGGAGGAUGAGGAUACUGACCUGAAGGCAGACAACUGCCUUUCCUCUUCUGAUAAAGAAGACAUCAAAUCCACUUCUCCUCCAACACUGGAACCCACUGGGCCAGCUCCUCCGUGGCAGGGUGAUGCACCUUUGGAGCCUCCCACCCUGCGGCCAAUUACUGGGGAUCCCCAGCCCCCAAACUGGCCCUUCAAAUGUCUCAGGUUAGACGACGACCAUUCAGACGGUAUGAGAGAGAACAUUAAUUGCACUAAAUCACAGGAGCGGCUGCUGUCACCGGUUCCCAGUUUGCACAGUGAAACUUUGGCAGCAUCAAGUGGUCUCCCAGUGCUAAGUUCCCUGCAACGACCUGCCACUGGGGGAGUCGGCAGACGCACUUCUGUACUGUUCAAAAAGGCAAAAAAUGGUGCUAAGCUGUUGAGAGAUAGAGACAGUACUUUGGUGAAUGGCAAUGGCAACCAGCCACAGGAAGAUGGUACAAGCUCUGCGCCUCCAGCACUCCACUCCACAGAUAGAACCCCAUCAACCACACCUUUGUCCACUCCAUCAAAGACUCCACAGAAUAGCCCGGGGCCUUCCAGCCUUGACGUAACUCAGCAGUGGAGCAAGAGUCUGGAUAUGUGCUCAAGUAAUGAACUGGCCAGGAUUCCAAAUCAUAGUUUGGAAAGUGGACUGACAAAUGGUUUCAACUGUCAAAAAGAAAGUGGGUCUGACUCUGAGUCCAGCUGUUGCCCAGUCCUUCACAAAGAAAUCAGCUCAAAACCCAAAUGCAGCCUUGGGAAACCAGCUCUUUCCAAAAUUCCCUUUCUGGAGAUUGUCAAUGGAGACUCAGGUUACCCUGGCGAUGGCAUCCAAAUGUCUGAGGAUGAGACCGAGCUGGAGCCGCUGGAUCUGGUUUGGGCCAAGUGUCGAGGAUAUCCCUCCUAUCCUGCUCUGGUCAUCGACCCAGAGAUGCCUGAGGAGGGCCUGCUGCACAAUGGGGUGCCAAUCCCUGUCCCACCUAAAGACGUUUUACAUUUAGGAGAGCAAAGGCAGGAAGAGACUAAUGAGAGACUCUAUCUGGUGCUGUUCUUUGAUAACAAGCGGACAUGGCAGUGGCUCCCACGCGACAAGGUCACACCUUUAGGCAUAGAUGACACAGCAGACAAGCUACGCAUGAUGGAGGGCAGGAAAGCCAGCAUUCGCAAAUCUGUCCAGGUGGCGUACGACCGCGCCAUGAUCCACCAGAGCCGAGUCAGCCACAGCCACGGCUUUGUCACCUCAAACUACCUGUAGCCCUGCAGAGGGCGAUGCUGAACCUGUCUGUCCACAUUUCUGCUUGUUCUUAAAGCAGCAUGUGGACAAUGUCCUGGUGAAGGAUUGGAGCUCAUGACAAACCUGCUGUUUCAGGACUCAGUGGUUCAGUUGCGACAGGUAUGGAGCUCCACCUGCUGGUCACACCUUCUGUGGUCAGUAAGUUCAGGUUUUUUUGAGCAGUACUCUUUGUUGUUUGGGGGGUGUUUUGUUAAAGGACUCCCCUCUGUUUUUCUAUAAUGCUACUGCCAAGGUAUCAAAGAGUCUGGAAAAAGUUCUUCAUUGGAUGGAAGACCUUUGAAUGAAUCACUGCCAUCUUUUAUACAACAGCCUUUUACUCUGUAAUCUAUUUACAAAAAUACCUGGAUAUUUUAAAAGCACACUUUGUGUACAUAUGAUUCUGUAUUAUCUCACUGAUUUUACUUAAUUUAACGUUGCUCUUCUUAAAAUGCGUAUUUCAAUCAGUGUGUGUGGGGAAAGUGAGGAUGUGUAUAUUUGUGGAUGAGAAAAAAAUCCUGAUAUGCAUGUAUAUUUAAGUUUUCUUGAUCUAAUUUCACUGUGCGAGUGUAUUCAGAACAUACAGCACAACACAAUGAGCCACUGUUCUUUAUAUUUGAUUCUGUUUUUGAUACAAAGAGAAACUUUAUUUAUGGAAGAAGUAUAUAAAAUUUCCUUCAGCUUCUCCCUUGUUUUCACUCGGGGUCGCCACAGCAGAUCCAACAUGGAUUUACAUUAGUUAAUGUGGAGGAAUAAAUUUAUUUAAAAUAGAUGGUUUUAAAGACAUGUAACCCAUACUUUAAAUGUUGGUUUAUAAUAAUUUCGGCCAACUCUGUCUUUGCCGUUAAAGCUGAGAAAAUAUUAUUUAUUGAGUUCUUAGAUCUGAUGGGAAAAUACACCUUUAUAAGCUUGUACAAACUGCAUAUUUUUUCUGCUUACUGAAUCAGCUUUUCCUUAUUUUGGCAAAUAAAAGCUUUAUUAAAAA